UCUUUUGUGUCCCCUUAUUUUCUCAAAGAUAUUACAAGAUUUGUUUUUCUUUUUCAGAAUAACUUUUAUAACUAGUUUUUAAUAUUAAUAUUAUUGUCGUUUAUUCGGUACAAAAAAUUUAUUAUCAUUAUUAAUGGAAUUAAAAUCUUUUUGUAGUGUAGUGUAACUGUGCAAGUACUGUUGUUGGGGUUUCACCUGGGACUUCGUAUCCAUCCCAUUAUUUUCAAUAACUAUUUAUUUAAUUUUGUUUCCCAUUACACCUGUCAAAAUAUAUUUACAUGGUUUAUAUGCCCACUCUAUUCUUUUGUUUCUAUUUUUAUCUUAAAUAAAAGUGCCUCUGCUACUAUUUGAUUUUGGGCAUUAGAAUUUAGAAUCCAAGAUUUGUAGAAUUUUUAUUCUUUUUCAAUUUCACAACAAAUUUUGGGGUUUGCUACAUUCAUGCAUUGGUACAUACAUAGAUACAAUAAAUAAAAUAAAAUAUAUAUACAUGCAAUUGAAUUUGCAUUUGGGUUUUCGUUUGAUUUGUGAAGGAAUUUUCGUGGUUAAUUCUUUUGUACGCAACUGCUUUGUUUUUCCUUCAGAACGUGGAAACAACUUUUCGGGGAGAAUUUUGCUGCAUUGUGUACGUUUGUGUUCUGCAUUUGUUUUGUUGUUGUUGUUGUUUUUUUUAGCAGUUUUUAAGGUUUGUUUGGGGUCAGUUAGUUGGGUAAUAGAUAGAUAAGUGAGAAACUGUUUUGUGGAAUGUCUCUUUGGCUAAUUGGGACUCUGAUAAGUUGAAAUUGGCUGCAGAAUCUCACGCCAAAGAGGAUAAUCCUUGUAGGCAUAAACCAGAAAUGGAAAACACACUUGAGUCUUCUGGCAGUCCACGGCAUAGAAAGAUAUCAGCCAGAUGGGAUCCGGUUGAAGCAUGCCGGCCUAUAGUUGAUGAAGCACCUGUGUUUUAUCCAACUAUUGAGGAGUUUGAAGACACACUUGGUUACAUAGCUAAGAUUCGCCCCCAAGCUGAACCUUAUGGCAUAUGUAGGAUUGUCCCUCCAGCUUGCUGGGUACCACCUUGCCCUCUUCAGGAGAAAGAUUUAUGGGAAAAUGCAAAAUUUCCCACUCGUAUUCAGCUAAUUGACUUGCUUCAGAACAGGGAACCCAUGAGAAAGAAAAUUAGGGGAAGGAAACGAAAACGUAGAAAGCAGUCAAAGAUGGGCAUGGGUAUGAGAACUGCCAAAUCAGGUUCUGAAGCUAAUGUUGCUUCUGAGCCUGAGGAGAAGUUUGGAUUCCAAUCAGGGUCAGACUUCACACUUAAAGACUUUCAGCAAUAUGCUAAUGUUUUUAAAGAUUGCUACUUUGGAUUGAAUGAUGCCAAUGAAUAUGAAAAAGUUAGUGAUAGUAGUCACCAGCAAAGAUGGAAACCCUCUGUGGAGGAAAUUGAAGGUGAAUACUGGCGAAUAAUAGAGCAACCAACUGAUGAGGUUGAGGUGUAUUAUGGAGCUGACUUGGAAACUGGAUCACUUGGAAGUGGUUUUCCUAAGACAUCAUCCUUAACUAAGAAUGAGUCAGAUAGAUAUGCCCUGUCUGGUUGGAAUCUGAAUAACUUCCCGCGACUGCCAGGUUCUGCCUUAUGUUUUGAAGGAAGUGAUAUCUCAGGAGUUGUAGUUCCAUGGCUGUAUGUUGGAAUGUGCUUUUCCUCAUUUUGCUGGCAUGUUGAGGACCAUCACCUCUAUUCACUUAAUUAUCUGCACUGGGGUGACCCAAAAGUAUGGUAUGGAGUAGCUGGAAGCCAUGCUCCAGGUCUGGAAGAUGCAAUGAGAAAGCACUUGCCUGAUUUAUUUGAAGAACAACCAAAUCUACUCAAUGAAUUGGUGACUCAGUUAUCUCCUUCAAUUCUUAAAUCUGAGGGGGUGCCUGUACAUCGCACUAUUCAGCAUUCAGGGGAAUUUGUUGUUACCUUUCCAAGGGCAUACCACUGUGGCUUCAAUUGUGGCUUCAACUGUGCAGAGGCUGUGAAUGUGGCUCCUGUUGAUUGGCUUGUGCAUGGCCAGAAUGCUGCCGAGCUUUACAGUUUGCAGUGCCGUAAGACUUCAUUGUCUCAUGACAAGUUAUUAUUUGGAUGUGCUCAGGAAGCCAUGCAUGCCCUUGCAGAGCUAACUCUUCAUGGAAAAGAAAAUCUAAAAUAUAUAAAAUGGAGAAGUGCUUGUGGGAAAGAUGGAGUUCUUACCAAGGCAGUUAAGACAAGGAUAACUAUGGAAAAGGAAAGGCUUGACUGUCUUCCAACUCAUUUAAAGAUGCUGAGGAUGGACAGUAAAUUUGAUUUGUUUGAGGAAAGAGAAUGCUUCUCUUGCUUCUAUGAUUUGCACCUAUCUGCCAUAGGUUGCAAGUGCUCUCCUGACUGUUAUUCUUGUCUCAAACACUCAAAUUUGUUUUGCUCAUGUGAAAUGGACAACAGGUUUAUUCUGUUUCGUUAUAAUAUGAAUGAACUAAGUACAUUGGUUGAAGCAUUAGAAGGAGAAUCACAUGCCAUUGAAGUGUGGUCAAAUAGAAACUCUGGAAUGGUUUCUGCUAAUGCUGAGGAUGCUUGCAUUUAUAAACAAGAUGUGGAGAGUGCCAUUUGUCAAACCCAGAGUUACAAAGAAGGGAAAAACUCAACUUGUGCAGGAACUAAUGAUAAGUCAAAUUCAACUAUACUUAGUAGUUCUUACAGCCACAUUUCAGCAGAAUUAGUCCACUCAGAGUUUCACCAUGAAACUUUUAGUGCACCAUAUGGCACUAAAGACUGUCAUAAAGACAAUUUGAAUGAAAAAGAUUUGGUCAUGGACAAUAAAGUUACGGUGGAGAAAGGAGGUUCUGUGGAUUUGAAUAUUGAUGUUAUGUCUGGUGAACCUGAAAAUUAUUUUCUGCAUGCUGCUGAUUACCAUCAUAAUAAGGGUGUUCCAUAUGUGGAAAAAGUCAGCUUUGCAGAGGCUAGAAAAGAACAAGACAACAUGGAACCUGGGGCUGAUAGUAUUGCUGGCAAAGAAUUUUCAUCUUGUUCAAGGGAUGUUCAAAAUUCUUGUACACUUGAUGGUUAUAAAUUGUUUGGGGUGGAUCUGCAGAUGCAUUCUGAUUCAGGAGAGCAACUCAACAGUGUAUCUAAAAUGGGUGACGCCGAAACCUCCAAUACAAGUAUAUCGUUGACAAACCAAAGCUUCUUAAUGCAGAAGUUUGGUAUUUCUGUAGAGCCUGUAAAUUUGGGCUCUGUUAUUUGUGGAAAGCUGUGGUGCAGUAAGCAUGCAAUAUAUCCAAAAGGAUUCAAGAGUCGUGUUAAGUUCUUUAGCAUUCUUGAUCCACCAAGAAUUUGUAACUAUCUUUCUGAAGUCUAUGAUGCUGGAUUUCUUGGGCCUAUUUUCAAGGUUACCAUGGAAGAACUUCCAAAUGAGGCUUUCACAAACACCUCAGCAGAUAAGUGCUGGGAAUCAGUUCUUGAAAGACUAAAUCAUGAAAUCAAAAGGCAAAGGAGUCAAGGUGAAAUAGAACUUCCUUCCUUGGAACUUCUGCAAAGCAUUAACGGUCACAAAAUGUUUGGAUUCCUUUCACCAUCCAUUAUUCAGGCCAUUGAAGCUGAGGAUCCCAAUCAUCAAUGCGUCGAGUACUGGAAUCACAAAGAAGUUGUCUCUGAAUCUUCAGGCAGUGCCAUUGAUGACUGUAAGUUCAGUCAUGGUUCAAGCAACUCCCUAGGUGAUGCCAAGACCAAGCUUUUUGAUGCUGGUUUGAUAAGGCAGGAGCAAGAUAGCAUCAUAGGAAGUUGUGAUUCUUUUGAAGAGAUGAAAUUGGUGCUACAAGGAUUCUUGAAAAAAGCAAGUUCUGAUGAAUUAAGUGCCAUGCAUAAGUUAUUCAGCUCUGAUGCACAGUUCACUAAGUGCAGAGCGGAAUUUGUGUCGCUGAUAGAAGAAAUCCAGAAAGCUUGUGCAUAAAGUAUAACAUCUCAGCUCUGUCUGACUUUGGAUAAGUCAUAUUUCAUUUUAGUCCUUAGUGAGGUCCUUUCUUUCAGUGACCAAUUGAACUGAUGAUGCUGGGUGAAAGUCAAGAUAAAAUUUUGCUACUUGCUCGGUGUCAAUAACUUAGAUAUGGAUAAUGACAUUGACCCAUUGUAGGUGCUAAUGCCAUUGAUCCAUUCCAACUUUCCUUUUGAGUUUAUAUUUACUUCUGAUGACCUAGCCUGCAGCUUUGAUAGUAUUUUAGGUUUUACAUCUUUCAUCCUUAGUGAUCUCCAUACUCUCCAAUUAUGUAUAUAAACAGAAAAACAAAUUUUACUGCUAUAUAAAUGAUGACAAGAGUAGGAACAAUACAUGGAGAGUUUGAAAUUUGGAAUAAGUUCCUUCUUGCUAAGAAUAUUGAAUAUUUGAUCUUUCUUAUUGA